UUGUAUUUUCCAUUGCUUAAUCAACAAUUAAAAGCAAGUUGUUAUUCCCCGCCAACCUCUGCUAGACUCCUUCAACCCUAGUAUCCCUGCUUUCUCUCUCCUCCCUGCUUUCUCCCAUACCUUCACACACAACUUCAAUUCAACCUCUGCUCCAUUUAACACCAGUGAUACAACAAUGGUGGAUGAUGGGUCUGAACCAAAUCAAUCGAGUUUAUCGUGUGCUCGAUGCUCUAAACCUGCUCAUCUUCAGUGUCCGAAGUGUGUACUGCUGAAGCUCCCACGGGAAGGUGCUUCAUUCUGUUCUCAGGAAUGUUUCAAGGAAUCUUGGAGUUCUCAUAAAUCGGUGCACAUGAAGGCAAAUGCGUCUUCCUUGGGAACUGGUGCUGCUGGAGACAAAAAUAGUGAAGGUUGGCUUUAUUGCUUAAAAAAAGGACAGGCUCGGACUUCAAAGCUUCCAAAUUUCGAUUGGACAGGAUCAUUAAGACCAUACCCCAUAUCAAGUAAGCGUACUGUACCAGCACAUAUUGAGCUACCGGAUUGGGCCAUGGAUGGUAUCCCGAAAAUCGAGCCGGAGAGCUCCCUGCAGCAUGUUGUCGAGAUCAAAACUCCAGAGCAGAUAGAGAGGAUGAGAGAGACUUGCAAGAUUGCUAGGGAGGUUUUGGAUGCAGCUGCACGUAUUAUUCGGCCAGGCAUUACGACAGAUGAAAUUGACCGAGUUGUCCAUGAGGCUACUAUAGCGGCAGGCGCUUAUCCUUCUCCAUUGAAUUAUCAUUUCUUUCCGAAAUCCUGCUGCACGUCCGUCAACGAAGUCAUCUGCCAUGGGAUACCUGAUGCCAGAGUGUUAGAAGAUGGUGAUAUUGUAAAUGUUGAUGUCACUGUUUACUACAAAGGGGUUCAUGGUGAUCUGAAUGAGACCUAUUUUGUUGGAAAUGUUGAUGAAGAAUCACAAAAGCUGGUCAAGUGUACAUAUGAAUGCCUGGAGAAAGCAAUAUCCAUUGUCAAGCCGGGCAUGAGAUUUCGAGAAGUCGGGGAGGUCAUUAGUCGACAUGCUACAAGGUCAUCCAUGAGUGUGGUUAAGUCAUAUUGUGGUCAUGGAAUUGGAGAGCUUUUCCACUGUGCCCCAAAUAUUCCGCAUUAUGAAAGAAAUAAAACAGUUGGUGUGAUGAAGGCUGGACAGACCUUCACAAUUGAACCAAUGAUUAAUGCAGGGGUGUGGCGAGACAGAAUGUGGCCUGAUGGAUGGACUGCUGUUACUGCAGAUGGAAAGCGCAGUGCUCAGUUUGAGCACACAUUGCUGGUGACUGAAACAGGGGUUGAAAACCUUACAGCGCGAUUGCCUACCUCCCCUAAUGUAUUCCCUUGGCUCAAUGUUUGAGAAAUUACCUCAGUUUCUGAGGAAGUGGAGAGCUAUUUUUCGUGUAUUCUAACAAUUCUCAAAUUGUUUUUUUUUUCUUAUUUGAAUUUUGUAUACAUGAAUUUCUCUCAUUGAUGAGUGGUAGGUUUAAUUCAUUUUGGUGAUCUUUUGGUUCGUUUCUGAUUUGUCAUUUACGAUGAGCAUAAAUGUAAACUUUCUCAUUUUCACUACCAUUGAGGAAAAUUUGCUGGAAAUCUGGUUA